AAACCAAAAUUACCGAAAACGAUUACGGAGCGGGCGGCGAUGGACGGCGGCGGAUGGCGGCUAGGGUUAGGGGGGUUUGAGGGGGAAUCGCCUCGUACUCCAUUGUUCUGUACGUAAUAAAAUCAUAGAAAAAUCCCUAACCCUAACUCUAAUGCAACUCCUCGACUGUUUACUUAUCUUCUCCAUGCCAACGAGCAGUGAUUGGAGAUAAUGCAACUCUGCAUCUCGAAUCACUCGAGAAGUACCUUUUACCGAUUUCUCAAUCCCAUUUUGCACAUAGUAGACAAGGAUCCAAAGACUCUGGCUGAUAUUGGUAUUGCCUGUUUUUACAAUCACGCUCCUCAUUCAAAUCACUCUGAUGUUUGGUUUGUCAAGGUUGUUUCUACUCUUUGUAUUCAAUCCUCAACGACUUCUCUAAGUGGGUUUCAUUCCGAUUAUCUCCGUAAAAAUCUUAGCCCUUCUAUUGCAUUCGAAGUUAUAAGACGCCUAAAUGGUUACCACUGUAAUGGGAAGCUAGCAUUCGACUUCUUUCAGUUCACUAGGCUCAAUUUGAAUGUAACUCAUUCGAUUGCGACUUAUAAUGUGCUUCUAAGGUCUCUUUGUCAAAUGGGUUUUCAUGAUUUGGCUAAAUUGGUGUAUGAAUACAUGAGGGCUGAUGGGUACUUGCCUGAUAGUUCAGUGUUAGGGUUAUUGGUUUCGUCGUUUGCGCAUGCGGGUAGCUUUGAUUUUGCAAAAGAGUUACUUUCUCAUGCUCAAUUGGAUAAUGUUGAGAUUCGUUCUUUUGUGUAUAAUAAUCUUUUGACUCUAUUGGUGAGGCGAAAUCGGGUACAAGAGGCUGUUAGCUUCUUCGGGUGUAUUUUAAAAUCGCAGCGGUACUGUCCUGAUACUUGCACAUUCAAUAUUGCAAUUCAAGGUCUGUGCAGAGUAGGAGAGGUGGAGAAGGCUUUUGAGCUAUUCAAUGAUAUGGGGAGUUUCAGUUGUUCGCCUGAUGUUGUAACGUUCAAUGCACUUAUAAAUGGGUUGUCUAGGGUUGGUGAGGCAGAUAGAGGUCUUGAGUUAUUGAGAGAAGUUCAGUCAGGGAAUGUGUUUUCGCCAGACGUUGUAACUUAUACGUCAGUGAUAUCAGGUUAUUGUAAGUUAGGUAACAUGGAGAUGGCUUCAAGUAUUUACGAGGAGAUGAUUAGUUCCGGGGUUAAACCAAGUUUGAUUACUUUUAAUGUCCUCAUUGACGGUUUUGGCAAGAGUGGUGACAUGUCAUCGGCACGUAGUACUUAUGAGAAGAUGCUUUGUUGUGGUUGUCUUCCUGAUGUUGUUACCUUCACAUCUCUAAUAGAUGGUUAUUGUCGGAGUGGGAAGGUGGACCAGGGAUUGAGGCUUUUGGAUGAAAUGAAUGGGAGAAACUUGGCUCCCAAUGUAUAUACUUUUGCGAUUCUUAUCAAUUCUUUGUGCAAGAAGAAUAGAAUAAAUGAGGCUCGUGAUCUAUUGAGACAACUGAGACUGAGGGAAGAUAUUGAUCCUAAACCCUUUAUCUACAACCCUGUGAUUGAUGGACUUUGUAAGGCUGGUAAUGUGGUUGAGGCAAAUGUAGUUGUUGCAGAGAUGGAGGCAAAGAAAUGCAAUCCUGAUAAACUCACAUACACCAUUCUUAUUAUUGGGCAUUGUAUGAAAGGAAAAAUGUCGGAAGCAAUGACCAUUUUUACCAAGAUGUUGGAAGUUGGGUGUGCCCCAGAUAGAAUCACAGUAAAUUCUUUCAUAUCUUGCCUUUUGAAGGCAGGGAUGCCUAAAGAAGCCUAUAGGAUAAAGCAAGCUGCAUGGGAGGGCUUGAACUUGGAGAUGUCAUCUUUGCAGAGAAAUAUUCCAAUUAGGACAAACAUGGACAUUCCAGUCGCUGCUUAACUGAAAUGGUUGAUUAUCUGAUGCAUCUGGUCUUGUGGAUCCGGCGAUUGCUAGAGGUCCUUCCACUGCUAUGCUUCAAAUAAGAACUAUACCUCCAAUGCAUGGCGUCAAAGAGUUAGCAAGCGGUAAGUGUCUGGUAAUUGUCUGUUUGUUGAGAUCAUAAGAUUAUCUUGUGAAAUUCUCAUUGUGGUGUUUUAGUUGCAAAUAUGCAUGUGUUUUUUUUUUGUUGAUGUUAUGAUUAUGUGAGGCAAGGUAGUUCAACAGUCUCAAGUUUGAUUAGGAAAGAAUUAAGUUCUAUUUAAGUAACCAAUUGUUUAGGAAGAGGAGAAGGAAGUCAAUGGAUAACAAAUAUAGGCAAGAGGAAGAAAUGGACGAAGGUACAUAUGGCGUCGAAAAUGGUUUGGCUUACUCCUCCCAAGAUAACCACACGAAAUAAUUCUUGUUGAUUCAAAAAUCCUUGCAUUUUAAAAAAAAAUUCUGGAGAAAUCAACUAAACGUGUCUUACCUCGCAAUGUUGAUGCAAAGUGAUCCACAACCCACCCUAUGAAGAGUCGUUAACAAGCCCUAAACUUAUACAUAAUCAUUAAAUGACUUUCAUAGCAUGUGCUAUUUUUUCACUCAUAGGAAAAAAAAACAUGUGGAUAAGUUACACUCAUUUCACUGAAAUCAAGAGAGUAAUCUUUUUCCGCGUAUGGGAAUAAGUUUUCCAAUCUGAAUGAAAAAAUCAAAGACGCUGUCUAUUUAUUGGAAAUUAUAAUCGGAUCUUUGUUAGAUAUAUAGAAAUCACCCCCACUGUUCAAGCUAUGCUGGACAAAACUUACCACAAGGCGAAGAUAAUUUGCUUUAUUCUCUUGCUUGAAUAAGUCAAGUUAGGUAGUGAGGUACUGUAUCCUUCAAUCCCACACAUUACAUGCUUUAACUAUGUUAUUGCCUGUUGUAAUUGAUUAUUUAAGUACGGCUGUCUUUUAUUAUCAUGGUUUAUGUUUCGCAGGAGCACCAAAAUAUUCAAUGAAGAGUAAAUUGUUUCCAGUUGAGUAGUACCAUGACAAUUUUUAAUUUGGCUCUAAGUGCAUGGCUUUAUGUAACCAUUUGGACCUUUGCAUGAUCAUUUGAAGCUUCACAUCACAAGCCUAGUCCACUGAUGUAAAUCUUGGAGUGGAAGUGCUGAUCUCUUCCAGAUUGGUACACAAUGAAUGAAUGUGGUUUCUGAAUUCUUUGAGAAGAGCAUUAAGGCCCUUGAUAUAUGUAAUGCAACUCGUGAUGGGAUUGAGAAAAUAUGACAUGGCAGAAGCACUUGGAAUUUGUUCUUUGUGCCUUGAAUUCUCGUCAGAGGACUAUUGGCAAAGGUCAGUCUUGUCGAGCAAGAAAAGCUUUAACGGAUUUGGCACUUGUAAUGUUAGAUGAGAAGGAAACAGGUCUUUUGGGCGUCACAACACAAGCCAGGAUCACCACCAUCGCCAACUGGCCAUUCACAUUCUCUCUCUUGGAGCCUAUCACGUUUUUGGUCUGCAGCCAAACAGCUCAAUCUAUUUCCAACAAUUUGGUCCCUCUGUGCGGGAAUGAGAUUGCUGCUACCAGUGGGCUUGUGGUACACACUUUCUCGAUGAACUUUGUGCUCAUGUUUGUGUUGUAGACAAUGGUUGCCACGAUCCUGACAAGGGAUCGCGGACUCCAAAUGCACUUACCAUUCUGCGGCAGUAUUCAUGGGGGAGUCUGUUGCUUUUGAUUCAUGAUCGGUUUAUGGACAAGUCUAAGAAGCACGAGCGUCAAAAUUCCAAUGGGUUGUUGAAGGAGAUUUUAUCAGAUGGAGAUAUGCAUUCGUCAGAUGACAUACUUGGUGCACUUAGAGAUGGUGUCCAUGCAAUUUAACAGUAUGAAACUUAUAACUGAUCCCAUCAGAACCAUUUUCUCAUUUAUAGAAGUGUAAUGGGAUUGAAUUAGGUGUUUGGGCUCCUUUGUUAGGGCACGAUAUGUGAAUUCAAUCAAAAAAUUUCCUUUUCUACCAA